AAAUAAAGAGAAACAUUUUGCCCACCACUUUCUUCCUCAAUUUCUUUUCCUGCCCCCGAAAUCCGAACCGAACCCUGCCCUGGUAGCCCCGCGCCUCCGUCCAGCAGCGGAAUCGUCGCUGCCCUGUCCCGUUCGGAGCUCCCGCCGGCGGCCGCGAAGCCCCAACUCGCCUGACGCUUCCUCCCUCUUCUGCCGGUGAAAGAUCCAGUGCAGUUUUGACAGAGAAAGGAGAGAAGAAUGGAGCCAGAGGUAUUAGAAGCAGAACUUGUGUUGCCAGCCUAUUUCAGCUUCAAGAAGAUUCAAAUUUACGAGAAGUAUCCAAAGGGCCAGUCCAGUGCCAAGCGUUUCAAGCAUCUCAAGCAGAUCAUUCAAGCUGAAAAUUUCCAGAAUUACCCUCCCGAUGAACCUAAUUAUGUUAACAUUGAAUCACCACCUUCAAUGCAUCCAAGCAAGAGGAUAUGUGAUAUAACAGGAUAUGAGGCACCAUACCACGAUCCGAGGACAAAGCUUCGUUAUGCAAACGCUGGUGUCUUUAAGGUCAUUAGGUCACUUUCCAAUGAUUACGUUCAGAGGUAUUUGGCCCUAAGAAAUGCUGCAAUUGUUUUGAGGUGAAUUCACCAUAUGGAAGGAAGAGGGGAUCUCUCUCUCUCUCUCUCUCUCAUCAAAGGAAACAUUGAAAGGGCCACCCACCCGACACAAAGAAAGUUCAUAGUCACUCAUUUUGCAAGCAUCUGAUGCCGGCAUUCAUUACUUGUCCCACCUAUUCAAGUAAACUUCUAGUUGAAACUUCAUUUGCGUA